CUUCAGCUGGGAUUUAUUUUGCUUAAAGUGCUCAUUGUCUCAUUGUUGAUUGUAGCUGAGUCCUUUUCAGAUUUCAUCCAUUUUCACUUCUCCCUGUGAUGUGUUUAUUUUUUUAAAAAAGAAGCCUCUUCCUGUUUGUGAGCAUGCGGUGCCUUUGUUGUACCAUGUCUGCCCAGUCUGCCUCAGCCCAGCAUACAUCAGGUGUAGAGGAUGAUGUGAUCUAUGAUGAUGUUACAAAUGAAGAUCAGUUUGCUGAGGAGCAGGUGCCCAUGGAAGAAUUGAUCUACGAUGAUGUGAAUCGGGAAGUAAAUUGUAUCAGUCCAGCACAGCUCGAAGACGGUUGGAGUUCCAGUGAAUUUGAGAGCUAUGAUGAUCACUCAGAUGAAGAAAAUAAACCUGGAGGAGAACAACAAAAGUCCAAAGCUGUCCUUCAGCCAAAGCUUUCCCCGGAUCUCAGUAGACUGAAGGAGAAGUACGCCAGGACUAAGAGAGAAUUCCUGGCAAUGAAAGUCAGGGGCAGAGACGUACAGGAGCUGAAACAGCGAUAUGACUGCAAGAUGCAGCAGCUAAUGAAGGCAGCAAGAAAUGGAACGAAGGAUGGACUGGAAAAGACAAAAAAUGCAGUAAUGCGUAAAGUGUCAUUCCUUCAAAAGAGAGAGCCUCAAGACCAAUAUGAGGAGGAUGAUGCUGGCUAUCUUGAUGUUCAGGUAUCAGACUCGAAACAUCCCCCACCAGAGCUAGGUCCGAUGCCUGCGGGGCUGACUCCUCAACAGGUCUGUAGCCUUUCAUGCUUCAACUCUGCAUCCUUUGGAUUUCUUGAACAUUUCCGAGCAUUCCCUCUUCGCUUCCAUAUUUUCUUUCUCUCCCAGGAAUAUAAGAAGCCAUUGCUGGAAGCAGAGCCAAAGUUGUUGAGUGCAAGGAAGUUACGGGUGGUCUUCUAUCGUCUGAAAGAAGUUCUGCAGUGCCACUCUAUGUUUCAGAUCGCCCUGUCUUCACGGGUAGCUGAGUGGGAUACCUCUGAGAAAAUUGGAGAUCUCUUUGUGGCUUCGUUCUCAAAAUCGAUGGUGCUUGAUGUAUACAGUGACUAUGUGAAUAACUUCACCAAUGCUAUGGCCCUCAUUAAGAAGGCCUGCCUGACUAAACCAGCCUUUCUGGAAUUCCUGAAGCGGAAACAAGCCUCUAACUCUGACCGGAUAACACUCUAUGGGUUGAUGGUGAAGCCAAUCCAACGAUUCCCACAGUUUAUUCUAUUACUUCAGGACAUGCUGAAGAAUACACCGAAAGGCCAUGCUGACCGGCUGUCCUUGCAGCUUGCCCUGACUGAGCUGGAAACACUGGCUGAGAAGCUUAAUGAGCAGAAGCGGGUCGUAGAUCAGGUGGCGGAGAUUCAGCAACUGGCGAAGAGUGUUGGAGACCGCACCCUCAACAAGUUGUUAAGUUCUGGCCAGCGGCAGCUUGUCCUAUGUGAGACUCUGACCGAGACGGUUUAUGGAGAGAAGGGACAGAUCCUCAAAUCCAAGGAGCGCCGUGUAUUCCUGCUCAACGAUCUGCUUAUUUGUGCCAACAUCAAUGUAAAGAGUCAGCCAGACAUUGGCAGUCUGGUUCCUGUCGGCCCGAAAUACACUGUGAAAUGGAGCACCCCACUGCUGCAGGUUCAGGUGGUGGAGGUUGGCCUAGAAGGGAAAGGGUACAACAAGGAUACAAUUAUCUUUCAGCAUCCAGGGAGCAAAAAGACCUCGUCUACCUCUCUAUCAAGCAAGAUUUAUAUGGGCCCCCCACGGCUUUACCAAGAGCUUCAGGAAUUGCAACAAGAUCUUACUGUUGUGAACCAGAUAUCACAGCUCAUCAGCACACUUCAUGGCACUUAUCAGAACCUAAACCUCAUUGUCGCCCAGGAUUGGACCCGAGCCCUCCAGAGGCUGAUCAGGAUUAAAGAGGAUGAGAUCCAAUCGGCAAACAAGUGUCGUCUCCGCCUCCUGUUGCCAGGGAAACCGGACAAGUCUGGAAGACCGGUCAGCUUUAUGGUGGUAUUCAAUACUUCGAAUCCUCGCAGUAAGAUUUCCUGGGUGAAUCGGCUACAUAUGGCUAAAGUUGCACUAACUAAGGAUAACCAGCCUGGCUGGCUCUGUAUUGAGGAUGAUGGAAAAACAAAGGCCCCAUUUUGGUGCCCUUUGCUGGCCUGUCGAAUGCCCUUGUACAGCUCAAAAUGUCCAGACCUGAAGCCUGCAGCAGCUCUUCACACUCCAGUGCAAUCAUCCUUACUUGGGAUCUCCAUUGCCAGUACGUGUCUGGCACAGGGAUACCUUUGGAUUGGCAGUGGGCGAGAACAGGGGCUGGGGCAGGUCGAUCUCUUCUCCUUGAACAGAUCUGCUCCCAAGCACGUCAAGUCCUUCCAGGUUAGCUCCUGGGUCUUGUGCAUGGAGUAUAUCCCCCUAACGGUCCGAGAGGAAGACGAUGGCGAUUGUCCGAUGGACAAACCAGGAGACAGCCCAAUUAUUGUUAUGGGACUUCAAGAUGGCAGUAUUGUGGGAUAUGCGAGUGUCGACAUGGCAACCCAGCAUCUUUUUAUAUUUAAAAGCCCCAGAGAGGUGCCUGUUGUGUGCCUGAAGCAUUUGCUGAAUAUUUUGUUCGCCGGCCUGCAGGAUGGGACCGUCACAAUAUACACCAGGACAAACGAUGGGAAAUGGGAAUGGGACACUCCCCACUUGGUAAAAAUUGGUUCCGCUUCAGUUGAAACUCUGCUGGCAGUGGAUGAGACGGUGUGGGCUAGCUGUCGGAACAAGGUCACCUUGAUCAAUGUUCCUUGCUUCACUACAAGGUGUUUUGAAGCCCACCCUGAUGACGAAGUGAAGGUGACUCAGAUGAUGAAAGCAGGCGGUGGGGUGUGGAUGGCUUUCUCAGCCGGAUCCUCCAUUCGAUUAUUUCACACGGAGACUCUGGAGCAUCUGCAGGAAAUCAAUGUAGUUCCACGCAGCACCUUCUUCACGCCAGGCCAAAAGAACAUUUUGGUGACGUGUUUGCUUGUUUGCCAAGGGAUGCUUUGGGUUGGGACCAAUCAAGGAAUCUUGAUCGCUUUACCAGUACCAAAACUGGAGGGAAUUCCAAAAGUAACAGGAAAGGGAAUGAUCUCACUGAAUGCACAUUGUGGUCCUGUGGAGUUUCUGAUCCCUACCAUUGGCUCUCUGGACUUGGACUUACUGAAGAGUGAGUCGACUGACGAAAUGCCUCAAUAUCAGGAACUGAACAGCAAAGAGGAUUCCUCAUCCCAGGAAUCCCUUCAGGAUCAGCACAACCACAUAGAUAAGAAGCAAGGGAUCUCGCUGUGUUACAAUCUGCGCUCCACCUCCCACCUGCCCGGUCAGUUACUGUCAGCACGCAGCGGUGAGGCUCAGGCCAAUGAGAACUCACUGGAGCACAGUGUUGAGGACGGUUCCAUCUAUGAGAUAAUCGAUGACCCGGACGUGUGGGUUCGAAGCAGGUCUUCAGCCCGAGAAGUUGUCAGAAAAGAGAAAGUCAGCUCAGUUGCCAUUGCAUCUGGAGGCAGGGGCUACCAGAACUUUAGCAGGGACUUCAAGCCGACUGUUCACAACAGGAAUGAAAACACGUUGCUGAUUUGGCAGAUUCCGCUGUCUUUGUAGAGUUCUGGCAGAUAUGCAUUUGUGAAAUGUGUCUACUGGAGAUGCACUCUGUUAGCAGAUUGCACCAUGUUCAAUUACCUGCAGUUUGAGAAGAUUCCACUUCAUAAACAGGGUUACAUGCUCAAUUAGCAAGAGGUUGUGCAUCCCUUCCUUGGUUAGCAUGAAGAUUUAAAAGCAUUCUCUACCAUUAUUGCUGACACCAUUCACUUGUUGGAGUUCCCUUUUAAGGAGGGCUCCUAGCUCUGUAACUCUUCCUGCCCUGUAUUUCUAGGUGUUGGGUGAAUGGUGCAUCGCACAGAAACAGGGAAAGAGUACGUUGUGCCAUCGGUUUUGUCUUUUCUCACUCCCUUGCCCUUUUCCUAAUUCUUUUGUUUCUUCCCCCUACAUCACUAAAGGUGCCAGCCCUAUGUUUGCUGCUUUGGAAUAUUAAAGGAAUGUUGAAGUCAUUCCUAAGUCACUUUAUCUCCUCCUCACCUUCACUCUUCUCGCAUGUUUCCACUCUUUCCCACCCCAGAAGACUGGGAAAUGACUCCAUGGGCGCUGGCAGCCCUUUGACUCUGUGCCCAAGCGGCCAAUCUUUGUACAGGAACCUGGACGUUGAAUGUCUUUAGGCUAUUGGACUUUGGAGGGCACCAAAGCUGAACCUUCUCUGGGAUCAACACGUGCACUUUCCAGCAGGAAUCACUGGAGGACAGUUGUGUCCCAUCCCACUCUCUUCUCAGCCUGGGGAUUCUGAAGUAAUUCUUCCCACACCACUAUUACAUUCUGGCUGGUUGGCUUACAAAUGAAAUAUGUGGAAGGACAUGAUCAGCUCUAUCAGCCUUACGCAAAAAUAAUUGGGAGCAAUGGGUUUUUGUGAAAAUAAAGUUCUUUGGUGGCUGCAA